CACAAAAUAGAGAACGACUAACCACCUCCAAAGACACUGAAGAAAACAGAAAAUGGCGCUUCUUCUACAACCCAACCCCAGCUUUACGUUAUCCACUCCUCAAUUCCCAAUCCUCUCUAAUUUCCGAAAAUCACCAUUUUUGAAUCUUCCAAAUGUAGUUUCCUGCUCCAAUUCAUCCAACAAGUUCAAGAGGCCGUAUACGAGCGUGAUGAUCGUGCCGACUGGAGUUGGCGCGGCCAUUGGUGGUUACGCCGGCGACGCUUUACCGGUAGCGCGCGCACUCGCUUCUGUCGUUGAUUGCCUUAUUUCUCACCCUAACGCUCUAAAUGCAGCCAUGCUUUACUGGCCCAUGCCAAAUACAUUAUAUGUGGAAGGUUAUGCUCUGGACCAGUUUGCUAAAGGCGCAUGGGCACUUGAGCCAGUUCAUCAAAAUAGGGUGGGACUGGUUCUGGAUGCUGCCAUAGAAAUGGAACUUCGUAUGCGCCAUUUGCAGGUUGCAGAUGCUGCAAGAGCUUCCCUUGGAUUGCCAGUUCUAGAAUAUACUGUCACAGACCAGCCUCUAGAGGUGGAAAAGUGGAUUGAUCCAAAGACUGGGCAGUCAACUGGAAGGAUUAAGCAUCCUGAUUCACUGCUACGAGCUGUACAGAGUUUGGUGGAUCGAUCACAAGUGAACGCUGUUGCUGUUGUUGGACGCUUUCCUGAUGAUGAUGAAAAUAGCAUGCAUGAUUAUCGUCAAGGAAUUGGAGUUGAUACCUUGGCAGGAGUGGAGGCUAUUAUAAGUCAUCUUGUUGUGAAAGAAUUCCAAAUUCCUUGUGCACAUGCUCCGGCUCUAUUACCUGUUCCAUUAAACCAAUCAGUUUCUCCCAAAUCAGCUGCUGAAGAGAUUGGAUACACAUUCUUGCCAUGCGUGCUUGCUGGGCUUAGUAAUGCACCACAGUAUUUGGUUACCAACUCAGAUGCAAGAGACAACGGCUGCAUUUUUGCAAAUGAUGUUGAUAGUGUCAUCCUCCCUAUAGAUGCUUGUGCAGGAAAUGGUGUCCUUUCUUUUGCAAAAAAGAAAAAAAACAAGCCACUUAUAAUUGCUGUUGAAGAGAAUACGACUGUUCUCAUUGACACACCUGACAGACUCCAUAUUGAAACGGUAAAUGUUUCAAAUUACUGGGAAGCUAUAGGAGUCAUUGCUGCCCAUAAGGCAGGAAUAGAUCCGUACUCUCUUCGGAAAAAUAGAAUCAACAACAUCCCUUGCAGAUCAUCCUUGUCGCUGAAUGGUUCUACUGUUGUUCAUGUUUGAUCAGUCUCGCAAUCUUUCUCCUCUAAGCAGCAAUCUCCGCUCUCCUUUCCUUCUGAAGGGUCUUUAACUUUGGUCUUGGCUUACUGCCAUUAUAUUUUUACUGGAUGGAUCUAAAGCAAGAAUGAGGUGCUUCAAGCUCGCGCCUUGAGGUGCUAAAACUUAAAAAGCAUGGCAACCAUUCGAAGUAGAGUGGUCUCAUCAGCUUGAAUGAACAAGCUAUUAUUGGUUUUUGUGGGAAAAGUAAGUCUUUUUCAAAUGUGGCAGUGUUACUAAAGAGGCCUUCAGCAUCCUCUUCUUUUCAAUGACGACUAAUCCAUUGCAGUUUGAUUAGCUUUGAUGAUGUAAUUUAUGUCAGCCAAUGCCUGCCCUGGUUAACCUUCGUCUAACACUGAUUGUUUCUGGCUUGAUGUCCAGGAUUUUCAAAUGCUCCCUAAACUGCACAGCAAAAUGGCAAUGGCCGACACUAAGUAAUCAUGUGAUAAAAAAACUGUACGAUUUGUUCUAGUUCUCAUACAAAGUCUUCCAUUAUAGGUGGUGGAUAUCAUGAAGCCCGUUCACUGAUGUUGGAAUUUCCCUUAAUAGAUAGUAUUUAUUAUUUAAGCACACUACUAAAAUUUUUGAGUGUCUAUAACAAAAGAUCCCAAGGAUAUGAGUUUUUGUGGGUUUAUUCAACUGGUGGUAAUAUAUAGUACUAUACAAGCAGCCUAUCUAUGCAUUGUUGAUUGUUCUCUUCCACGAAUUAUUAAGAUGACUUGAUGGGCUGAAUAAUGGGACUAUGUGAGGUGCUAGGAGUUCUGGGUUAUGACUUGCAGAAGCCAGUGAACGCUUAUGAUGGAGUUUUGGGUUGAAGACUUGAAGUCGAUUAGUAAGCAAGAAAUUUACAGGAUCAGAUUUGCGACGGAAGCAAUGAAUUUGCUGUAGACGGGGCUGAUACGUAAUAAGCACAGAAGAAGCCAUCAACAAAGUCUUGGAAAGCAAUCAGCCAUACGGGCUGGUGCAUGAAGAACAACAGCUAAUGUAUUAUUUUUGUAGCAAAGUUUCACGUAGGCCAUGGUCACUGGUCAGCAGCAGGUGGACAAAUUCGUAAGUCACAUUGCCUGCACUUCUAAUUGCAUUUUCGCUAGUUUUCCAAUUAUAUUAGGAUGUAUGUUAACUAAGAAGAGGAUUUCUGAAUUAUGAUGAUAAUUAUUUAUGAUGAUUUUUCUUUUUCUUUGAGAAGGAAAAAUACAAAAUUCGGAAACCUUUUUAUAUCAAAAUAAUAUAUGAAGAUUAAUAUC